GUAGAGACCCGGCCCAUGUGGCUGUGUACGAGCGCGGCGGAGCUGCUCGUGUGCAUGUCAAAAAUCCGGUCUUUCCCUGGCGCUCAGGCAGAUUUGGAGCGCACGACAUAUUCAGCUUCGGAUCUAAAGCGGGUGAGGAAGCCUUUAAGGAGGCAGUCAAGCGGCUAGGGUGGUUGUCGAUUUUGAUGCCGAUGUCGAUUUCAUGGAAAGCACGCACCACUGAGGAAUGUUAUAUUUUGGUGAUAGAAUGCGCCACAGAGCCCUUGCUGAUCAAUCGCCUUAAUGGUGACUAUCAAAGAGCAUUCCAAGCUGGGAUUCGCCGCUGCCAUCUAUCCCUGCUCUACUUAUGUUACCCAUGCGCCCCCGCAGGGGGCUCAGAGAAAGUGCUACAGUCUAGCGGACAGCGAAUGGAAAGGAAUUCAAGACUUCCUCGUUCCGGUUGGGCUCUAAGAUUAGGACGAGAAAAAAGAACUGGACUGUUGAACUGGACGCAGCACGUCCGACACGCGAAGCAAGGCUACGAACGCGUAGCAAAAGGCUGUGCAUACGCAACAAGGCUGUGGAGUGGCUGCGCGACUGGGGAAAUCUCGGCGAAGUCGAGUGAGGCUUUUCCAAACGGCGCAGGGGAAAUAGUCCAUGGGCGCUAAACAUAAGAGGAGUAUACUAAGUGCCUUGACCUAGUUAGUCAUCUCACAACCGACAGGAAUCUUCUACUUCUACGGAAUGUAACCAUCUCGAAGCCCAUUGAAGGCUUUUCUGCCAUCCCGAGCGAGGCGAGGCCGGGUGAUAAGGUUCGCUUACCCCUGGGUGGUCAAU